AUGUUUCUAUUCAUUUGCUGUUAUCUUGUAGUACAGAUUUUUGGUAAACUUGAAGCCUUUUGUCCAUCACAAUGCACUUGUAUUUUCCACGGGAGAAGUGACGGCACUGGAACAAGAACUGUUCUUUGCAAUGAUCCUGACAUGUUUGACAUACCUGUCAAUGUUCCUGUUGAUACUGCGAAGCUUCGAGUAGAAAAGACAGUUAUCCGGAGAAUUCCCACCGAAGCCUUUUAUUACCUAGUUGAUCUGAAAUAUCUUUGGAUUACCUACAACAGUAUUACUAGCAUUGACUCUAGCAGCUUUUACAAUCUCAAACAGUUGCAUGAAUUACGCCUGGAUGGAAACAUGAUAUCUGUUUUUCCAUGGGAAUCCUUAUUAGAGAUGCCUCGAUUGCGUACCUUGGACCUUCAUAACAACAAGAUUGCAAGUAUCCCAGCUGAGGCUGCACGUUACCUAAAAAAUAUUACAUACCUAGAUGUGUCCAGCAAUAAGCUCACCUCUCUGCCUUCAGACCUGUUAGACAUCUGGCCGCUAUUCUCAGAACCAGCACACAGGAGCACAGAUUUACUUCCACAGCGAGUUAUACUGGGUCUUCAAGAUAACCCUUGGUUUUGUGAUUGCCGCAUAUCAAAGUUGAUUGAACUUUCAAAGAUAGUGGAUCCUCAUGUGAUAUUCCUGGAUUCUCUGGUGGAUUGCAGUGGCCCAGAGUAUCUGGCUGGCAUUUUAUUCCUAAAAGCUGAACUAGAGCAAUGUCUCAAACCCUCUGUGAUGACAUCAGCCACCAAAAUUACAUCGCCAUUGGGUAGCAAUGUCCUACUGCGAUGUGAUGCUACCGGCUAUCCCACUCCACAGUUAUUAUGGAGCAGGAUUAACAACACAGCUGCUAAUUAUACAGUUAUUCAGGAGUCUCCAACAGAUGGCGUGAGAUGGUCAAUUCUAAGUAUGAAUGGUAUUUCCUACAAAGAUGCAGGAGAAUACCGAUGCAAGGCCAAAAAUUUGGCAGGCAUAUCAGAAGCAUCAAUAACUGUCAUAGUAGUUGGUGUUGUCACUACAACAGGAUCCACGCAACGUUUUGGGAGGAGACCAGGAACAGACCAGAUAACCAAUAUGCAAAUAGAAACAAAGGAAGAAGUGAUCCAAUCAAGCACAGUCUCAUAUCCACUUCCAACAGUAACAUCACCAUCCACAGAAACAACAGCAGAACCCACCAUAGUUCCAACUAGUGCUACAUCUACCACAGUGAGGGUCCAAGAGAAGAAACCACAGAAAACCACCAAGGUGCAAUCACAGGCAGCAGGCAAGAAAACACAGCUUUCUUCAGUAGGUAACAAUAAGGAAGGAGAUGCACUUAAAAAUGUGGCAGCUGAUACAGAAACAAACUCUGUCGUACGUAAUCUAAAAGUCAUCAGUGAAACAGAGGAUCGGGUCACGCUAACAUGGAAAACAUUAAAUAUCACAAAUAGCUCAUCUUUGACUGUACUUUAUUCAAAAUAUGGCGAGGAAGAGAUGCUGAGGUUGAGCACAGAUCCAAGUAAAAAUAAAGUUACAAUUGAUGGCUUACAGCCCAGCACAAAAUACAUGGCUUGCGUUUGCCCCAAGUCAGCUCGGCCAAAGAAAGAUCAAUGUAUUGUGUUUUCCACAGACGCUCUGCUAAAAAAUGAGCAGAGCAGCUCCCAGGUGACUCUCUUAGUAGUCGCCAGCAGUGUUGCUUGUGUGGUCAUUUUGCCCAUCAUCUUUUUCUUGAUUUAUAAAGUUAUGAAGCUGCAACGUAAGCCCCAGUCUCCUGGUGAAGAAGACCUUUUAAAAGAGACUUACAUAAAAUUUGAGACGCUGUCCCUUAGAGCACGACCCAUAAAUGCCGGAGGUGAACUAUGGACACGCAGAGACACAACAGAAUCAGAAAGACUUCUUUUGUGCUCAAGGUCAAGUAUGGACUCACAGGGAACUUGUAAAAGUGAAGGAUCCAGGCCCGAAUACUACUGCUAAUAUUUGUAUUGCAUUCUAUAUAGCUUUGUUCUAUAUUGUUUUAUUUAUUUUUAUUCUGGUUUUCAAUAAAUUACAUUUUAAA